AUGGGAUCGCCAGCGACGAGACUGGACCGGCUCGUGUCCCUCUUGGACAUCGGCUCGAACCAGUCGAUCCGCUCCACGGCUGCUGUACAGCUGGGACAAAUCGCCGCGCUGCGUAUCCGCGGCGCAGGCACUACAAACGAUGCCCCGACAAAAGCUGAAGACGAGCACGAGGAGUACGGCGCGCCAAAUUCAAGCGCGCCCGCGUAUCGUGGCGUGCUUGGCGAAUGGGACGGGAUUAUCUCUUUAUUAACCCGCGUCGUUCCACUCCUGCUUUCCAAGAGCUGGGAGACACGCAAUGCUGCGGGCCAGGCCAUCUACCAAAUUUGCCACGCAGCUGGCGUCUGGGAUCCGGACGGCACAGACACUGCGCCUGGUGCUGUGGAAGAGACGCCGUGCGAUGGGCUGCACUUUGCCGAUUUUAAUCUCGCACAGACCCUUGCCGCGGGCACGAAACUGCUUGCGUCUGCAGGCAAAGAGUACGAUGUGCCCGAGCUGCUGAGCAAAGAGCGCCUCCAGCAUGCAAAAAAGAAUUUGCUAGGCAAGCUUGGGCUUGGUUUUGGCGCCGAAGACGUCGACGUCGGCGUCGAUAUGGACGUGGAGCUCCAAAUGGCCGCGCCGAAAGAGGAAGCCAAGGCAGAGCCCGAGUUCGAGCCCGAGCCCGAGCCCGAGCCAGAAGGCCGAGCGCUGAGCGCGCGCGAGCGCAACCAGCUGAAGCGCAGGCGCAAGAACGAGGCCAAACAGGGCACGCCACGCACGGCAAGCAACCCCGUCUUGAAAAAUGUCCAGCCCGGCAAGCGGCACAAGUCGGACCCCGACGCGCCGGAAACACCGGCCUCGUCUGGAGACACGGCCUCGCUGCAGGCAAAGCCGGGAGAGUGGCCGUUCCGAGCGCUCACUGAGCUGCUCAGCGUCGAGCUUUUUAGUCCUACCUGGGAGUCGCGCCACGGCGCAGCACUGGGCCUGCGCGAAAUUUUCCGCACGCAAGGCAGCGGCGGCGGAAAAAAGAUGGGCGAGUCGCUGGAUACCAACACAAAUUUGCACCAUGCGUGGGCCGAAGACCUCGCUGUGCGUCUUUUGUGUGUGUUUGCUUUGGACCGACUCGGCGAUUUUGUGUUUGACCAAGUGGUCGCGCCUGUGCGCGAAACUGCAUCGCAAACGCUUGCACAGCUCCUGCCGCACAUUAGCGAGGAUUUGGUCCAUGCAACGCACAACGUGCUGUUGGAAAUGAUCCGGCAGGACAGUGUGCGCGAGGCGAAUCUCGUCGGCAAUGGACAGCGGAAUGGGUACAUUUGGGAAGUCCGCCAUGCAGGCCUCUUGGGCCUCAAGUACGAGGUUGCUGUCCGCUUUGAUCUGCUGCGCAACGACGCGGAGAAACACAGUGUCGCCGACGGUAUGGUCGCCGACGUCGUCGAUGUAGUUAUGCUUGGAUUGCGUGACGACGACGACGAUGUACGUGCCGUUGCUGCUGCCACGCUGCUGCCCAUUACGCAGCAGAUUGUGGAGCAGCAUCUCGACCUUGUCCUGCGGCUCCUCGAGCAGCUAUGGGCGUGUAUUAGCGAUAUGAAAGACGAUUUAUCGAGCAGCACCGGCGGCGUUAUGGAUCUGCUCUCGUCUCUCUAUAGCUACCCCCAAGUUCUCGCGCUUGCGCAGCGCGGUGCUGGUGCAGUACAGCUCACUGCCCUCAUUCCCAAGCUGUUUGUCUUUUUCCGGCACACAAUCACCAGCGUGCGUCUUGCUGUGCUCCACGCGAUAAAUGCGUUUUUACAAGCGGACGCAUUCGACCAUAGCUGGCUGGACGACCGCCUUGUGCGCCUCCUCUUCCAAAACAUGAUUGUCGAAGAGCGAGCGCCCAUCCGCGAAACGACGUGGGAGGUGUGGGAGCAAGUUUUGAAAAUAUUGUCGGUCGACCCAGCGCACUUUGCGAACGUUGUCUUGUUGCAUAUUCCCACUCUGUUCAAGAUUGUCAUGAUGCCGAUCGGUGCGCCGAUCGACUACGCGCUGUUUUACGUGCCCGCCCGCACCGGCGCAGGCGCACGAAUCGAGCACGAUAUAGACAAAGGGAUUCUCUCCCAGGACCUGACGCUUGUCGGCGUCGACACCGUCAUUCGCGGCCGACUCGGCGCUGCAACAGCACUCGGCGAGGUGCUGGCCAAGCUACAAAAUGCAGAAGAAGGCGCGUGUGCAUUGUUGCAUACCUACCUUGGCUCGCAAUCCGCGCUGCAAAAAUGCCUCUCGGCUGUCGUCGUGCAGCGCUGGGCAGAGCUGGAAGCGAAUCCGCCCCAGUUUCUUGAAGAGCACGCACGCAUGAAAGAGCUGCACGGAAUGCUCCUCACGCUGCUCGACGCAUCUACCCCCCUUACCUACUCAGAAAUGGCAGUCAUGGUGCAGCGCAUGCAGCACGAUUGCCAAACACUGCUCAACAUGUUUGUGCGCGACGGGAAGCUCGCCAGAGACAAGGUUCCAGCCGUCCCUGCGCUCUCCAUCGACGCCAUCCAAACAUUUUGUGCGUCGACGUACCCCACACUCGAGGCCAGCCUCGGCGCCAAGUCGCGCGAAAAAGCGCUUCCCCACCUGCAAGAGCAGCGCACCAAGAUUCUGCGCGCGGUGCAGCGCUACCAGACGACGAAAGAAACGCAAGACAUUCUUGUUUUCUCUGCUGUCGCCACCGCGGUGAUUGCAUGGCAAGUACUUCCCGCGAAGCUGAAUCCCGUGAUUCGGAGUGUGAUGAACAGCGUCAAAUACGAAGAGAACAAGGAUUUGCAGGCGCGCAGUGCUGCUGCGAUUGCCGACUUUAUUGCGCUUUGCGGCCGCUCCGCGAUCAAGGUGAAUCCAAGCGGAAAGAUUGUGAAGAACUUGUGCGCUUUUGUGUGUCAAGACACGAGCAACACGCCGGUAUACAGCACCGCCAAGACCGCGGGCGAUCGCAUCUACACACUUGCCACCCUACAGCCGCCCACGAAGGCAAAAGGGAAGCUGAGCGAGGUAGAGGAAGAUGCCUCGCUCGAGCUCGGCAAGCUGAUCCGGCGCGGCGCCAACAUGGCGCUCAUGAAUACCUGCACCAAGUUUGGUGCAUCGCUCUGGCAGGUCGUGCCGGCCCUGUGGGCGUGCUCCGCAAAGCCCCUCUUUGACACGUUUUCCGACACGCACACUGCUGCACAGAUUCCCGGGUGUGACGAUCUCGGUCAGGCUGUGCUUGAUGCCUGCUCCGUGCUCGAGGCGAUUGUGCCGCAUGUGGACUGCGCCCUAUACCCCGACCUUAUUCCACUCCUCUCUAUCCUUGUCCUGGUCAUCACGAGCCCCGUCGCUGUAAUUCGUGCCGCAGGCGCACGGUGCUUUGCCGCACUUUCGCGCUCGGUCAUGGAGCCUAGCAUGCACACGCUCGUCGAGGAAAUUGUGCCCAUGCUUGGCGACGCGUCUAGCCUGGUUCAUCGCCAGGGCGCCAUCGAAGCCAUCUCCCAAACCGUGCGCGGCUUGGACGACCGGCUGCUUCCCUAUGUGAUUUUCCUCGUGGUCCCUGUGCUGGGCCGUAUGAGCGAUAGCGACCAAGACGUGCGCUUGCUUGCGACCAACACAUUUGCCGAGCUUGUAAAGCUCGUGCCGCUAGUCCAAAACUUGCCAGAUCCGCCCGGUUUCCCGGCGCGGCUUCUCGAGCGCCGCCAGGCAGAGCAAGAGUUUUUGUCGCAGCUGCUCGACGGCAGUAAAGUUAAGCCGUACGAGGUGCCUGUGGAGAUGAAGGCCGAGUUGCGCAAGUACCAGCUGGACGGCGUGAGCUGGAUGGCAUUCCUGGCCAAGUACCAACUUCAUGGGAUUCUCUGUGACGAUAUGGGGCUCGGCAAAACGCUGCAAUCCAUCACGCUUCUCUCGAGCAAGCACUAUGAGCGCGACCAGCGAUGGCAAGCGACGCAUGCACCCGACGCGACGCCAACGCCGUCCUUGAUUGUCUGCCCGCCCACACUGAUUGGCCACUGGGUCCACGAGAUCCGGCAGUACUCCCCAAACCUCAAGCCGCUUAUGUAUGCUGGCUAUCCAGCCGAGCGAGCCCGGCUCCAAACACAAAUUUCCCGGUACGACGCGGUGAUUAUGUCGUACGAUGUCGUGCGCAACGACGUCGAAGCGCUCUCCGCCUUUUCCUGGUUCUACUGCAUCCUCGACGAAGGGCAUGUGAUCAGCAGCCCCAAGACAAAAACGACGCGCGCGGUGAAGCGCAUCAGUGCGCUGCACCGCAUGAUUCUCUCCGGCACGCCGAUCCAGAACAAUGUGCUGGAGCUGUGGAGCCUGUUUGACUUUUUGAUGCCGGGCUUCCUCGGGACCGAGUAUGUAUUCCACGAGCGCUUUGCCAAGCCUGUGCUUGCGUGCCGCAACGGAAAGCCGAGCGCUGCAGAGCAGGAAGCUGCGACGUUUGCGCUGGAAGCGCUGCACAAGCAGAUCGUGCCGUUUUUGCUGCGCCGUCUCAAGGAGGAUGUGCUUGAUGACCUUCCCCCCAAGAUCAUCCAGGAUGUCGAGUGCGACUUGGGUGAGAUGCAAAAGCGGCUGUACGACGACUUUGUGCGGUCCAAGGCGCGAGAGCAUGUUGAAGAUGCCUUGGAGGAGGAGAAGCAGGACAGCGCGCCGGGCAGGCAACACGUCUUCCAGACGCUGCAGUACCUGCGCAAGCUCGCCAAUCAUCCGUGCCUUGUGCUCGACAAGCAAGACAGCGUGCAGGCCAAGAUGCUCGUGCAAAUCAAUGACACGCGCGGCACACUUGCCGGACUUGCACAUGCGCCCAAGCUGCAAGCGCUGCGCCAGCUCUUGCUGGACUGCGGAAUCGGCACCGAGCGCGAGACGCUGUCGCUCUCCGCGUCCGACGCUGGCGUGGCGCAGCACCGCGUCUUGAUCUUUUGCCAGAUGCGGCAGAUGCUCGACGUGAUUGAGAACGACUUGUUCAAGAAUUUAAUGAAGAGCGUCUCGUACCUCCGCCUCGACGGCAGUGUCAGCACCGAGAAGCGCCAUGGAAUUGUGCAGAGGUUCAAUGCGGAUCCCAGCAUUGAUGCACUGCUGCUCACCACCUCCGUUGGCGGCCUUGGACUGACGCUUACCGGUGCAGAUACCGUCAUCUUUGUGGAGCACGACUGGAACCCGAUGCGGGAUUUACAGGCCAUGGACCGAGCACACCGCCUCGGGCAGAAAAAGGUGGUGAAUGUCUACCGCUUGAUUACACGCAACACGCUCGAGUCCAAGAUUAUGGGGCUGCAGCAGUUCAAGAUGAAUGUGGCGAAUUCGGUGGUGACCCAGCAGAACAAAGGCAUGGAGCUCAUGGACACGGACCAGAUUUUGGAUCUGUUUGAUACGCAGCCAGAGGCGCACGACGACCGGCCUGGAAAGGUCAAAGGCAUCAGCCAAAAGGCGCUGCUUGCAAGCCUCGAAAACAUGCCGGAUGUCGAAGAGGAAGAAUACGCAUCCAUGACAACUUGGACGCCCGAUGUGUAG